AUGGCAAAACAACGUUUGCCGGGAUUGCAAAACAACGGGAGACAACGGGACAACGGGACAACAACGGAACGGGACAACAACGGAACGGGACAACAACGGAACAACGGGACAACGGGACGGGACAACGGGACGGGACAACGGGAGACAACGGGAGACAACUGUAGCAAGAACAAUAUCAGCAUCAGCAACAACAACCGCAAAAGCAGUAGCAGCAGCCGCAGUAACAACAGAUCCAACAGCAGCAUAAACGACAACAGCAGCAGCAAUAACAACAACGACUAUAACAACAGCAACAGCAGUUGCAGCACCACAACAACAGCAACAACAGCAACAACAGCAGCAACAACAGCAGCACCAACAGCAACAAGAACAACAACAAUGACUACAGCAGCAACAGUACCAAUAACAACAACAGAACAGCAACAGCAGCAGUAG